AUGCUGGCGCGCGAGCUCGUGCUCGUUUCAGGCCACGCCGACUUCAGCCAUGCCGCCAUGUUCGCGGCACAGACGGCAUACGCCCGCGUGCCCAGUGCGCUGGCCAAGGUCAAUAUCGACUACAGCAACUGGCAUCCGCCGGCUGUAGUCACCCCGCGCUCUUCUGCUGUCGCCAGCCGGCAGCAUUCGCUGCCCCAGCAGGUCGACGACAUGUACACUAUCGUUGUACGUGGGCUCAGAUCCGACAUGAUCACAGCCGUCUGCGAGCCACUGCCACACUUGGAGAAAAACGACUCCGUGGCGUUCCGGCUGAUCCACUGGGAGCGGAUGAUGGCACACGACAUCGUCAGCCUUGGGGCUAGAGGCUUCCUAGAAACAAGUGCCGAGGCGUACUGGCGGACGCGGCUCGCGAUUCGCUCUCGGGAGCUGUCAAGCUGGUACGUUGACUACCCCUGUUUCUGCAAGUUUGCGGCAGCGGUCCGCCAGAUACCACAGUACGCUCAGCUAUUUCCCAAGUUGCCAGAAGCGCCAGACUCUUUGCCGCCAAGUUCCUUCGAGGUCGAGGUUGACGACAAACGUCGCUCUCUCGGAUACUCCACAGCCGCGGCUACCGAGCUGGCGCCAGAAUGCUCAGCAUGGGGAGGAGGGGACGCUCAAUUUUAG